CAUUCGGAGACGAGUGUUGGUCGCUUGGCUGACAGAAUUCCAUCCUCUGGAAGCCUUCCUGCGGCCUAAAUGCAGUAUUCUCCGGAAGAAAUCAAAGACAGACUUCUCAGGGCUUUGGAUAAGGAUAAUAAUGUUGUUGACAUGGUUGCCGUGUUGGAUAUCAUCUCAUAUCUGGAAGAGCAUACAAUUACAAAGGAAGCACUUGAACAAACUAGACUUGGUAGAUACGUUAAUGAACUUCGCAAGAAAACCAAAAAUGAGGAUCUGGCCAAACGAGCAAAGAAACUGGUACGGAACUGGCAGAAACUCAUCACUGUGCCAUCUGAAGGACCUGUUAAUGGAGAACGGGUAGCAACACCACGACCUGCACCGUCACUUGUGGAGGGCGUGAAACGACAGGAACUAAGGGGCAAUAUCUCACCUGCCCUGUCUGCCAGUAGACCAACAACGCCAUAUUCCAAGUCCAAUACACCGCCGAACAAUCUUGUCAGUCAACCUGGUACACCAUCAAGUGUGAAUUCCAGUCAGUCUCACACCCCACUCUCAUCUACGUAUAGACUUGGUUAUAAUCAUGUUCGUAGCAAACCCGCGAGUCCAGCUUUAUCUGCCAUCAAAUCCAACAUGGUAUCUAAGUCCACACCACCAUCCUCACCAGCUCUCAAACCUAGCAACAAUGACGCAAGUCGCAACUGUACACCACAAACUUUAGAUAAAACAAAUGCCGCCAAUAAGAAAAGAAGGCGUGAUGAUAGUGUGGAUUUAGGUAAUAUUAAGAAAGUGAAAAGUGUGCCUAACAGUUUGAACAAUGAGAGUAAAGUCGGCAAUAAUUCGAAAGAUUUUACACCUGAUUGGAUCUUGGAGCGAGAAAGUGUGCUUAAUGGUUCAAAAGAACCAAGGAAUCGUCUUAAAGUUGAUGUGCAACUUGCUAAGACUUCACUGCAAAGUGCCACAAAACCUGCAUUUGGGAGCAAUGUUACAAACUUGCCCUUACGACCCUCCGUUGGUAGUACAAAAUCAGAAUCGGAGAGUUCCUUUUUAACGGGGGAGAAAACUGCUCGGACACCUAAAGUAAAAACCACAGCUCAACUUAUAGCUGACCUGCAGGCCAAGAGUAGUUCCAAUAUAUCUAGUGUCACAAUGAAUAAAAUCACAACCAAUCAGAUACAGAAGGAACCAGACAUUGAACACGUCUCUAUCGUUCCUGCUGGAGCUAAGCCUCGUCCGCGGCGGAAACCGGGCACAACCGUUGUGCCACCUACUGCGUCCGAAAGUGCUCUGAUCCAGACAAAAGCCGAAAUGGUGCACAAGUUCCUGCAGACGGCGGUGGCGCCACCACGACAGGGUAGUGUAGAAUCUGAGUCUCCAAGUCCUGUGAUGGGGAAACAUGUGUCUUUACGGACGACCUCUCCAACAUUUUCAGAUCUCCAGUCUCAGUCUGACACAUACCCUCCCCUUGACCAGACUGCUGAUAGUGUGAGUGAACAGUUACCUAGUGAUGAAAGUAAGCUUGACGAUUCCAGUAUAAAAAAACGGCCCCCAAAGGUGAUCAUAGAUCCGUAUACGUUAUUACCGCCAAUUGAAUUGGAUAAAAUCAUCUGGGAUGACGAUGAGUAUGAGGUGCCGGAAAAACAAGAAGCCACAGAAGAGGCUGUAACGAAAAUGCUGAAUGAGGAAUGCCCUGGUCUCAAUGGUUGUUAUGACCGUGUAGGGUCCUGGCGAACUUGGGCACAGAUGUACACUGCUCCAACCAUGGACAACGAAACUCUUCAUAUUCUCCCUUAUGUUGAUAUCGGCGACUGAAUGUUUGGUUUCCAAAUUUUGUUUCUGUACAUUUCACCUUUAUAGUGAUAUACAUGUACACCAAUUGUGAAUGUCCACCAAUACAAUCCACAUCUGCCUGCUCCGUGAUAUGCAUUCCAUCUUCAUGAUUUCAUCUUGUUUAUGGGAGAAACUUUGAUCCUGUUGCAUUUCUUUUGUCUCCAGCAUACUGUCAACUGGGGAAUAUUCUUACCUUGUUUUUAGAUCUGGGGACCAGCUAAUUCGUGACCAGAAUUUGUGAAAAAAGAUUCCCCCAGUAAAGCGCCCAUAAAGUUUCUAAAAUUGUUCAUGGGUGCAGAAUUGCUUUGAAAACAAUUCAAAUUGACAUUCAGUGGCCUGUUGUUGGUGUGUAUACUGGUAACAGCGGUCAGUCAACUUUUAUUGGUAUCACUGUUUGCACUGCAGUAACGGAGAAGAAUACAGGUCUACUACUUCGUGUCUUGGGUGUCCAAGGAAGUUCACCUCCAUUGUCGACCCUCACCUUGACCUCUUGAGGUCACAGGUGCAAACCAAGAACUUUAAAGUGUAGUUAUUGCAUCGUGUGACCUUAAAAAUAUUUGCUUCCCAAUUUUGGUUUUCCUGCAACUUUACUCUGCCAUGGCUUGGAGAGGUGGGAGAUGCUCAGAGAGGUUGCAGCUGAUUCCAGUACUCAGUCUCUUGUGCAUAGCAUUUAGUUAUCAAAACCAGUUAAUCUGAACUGUAUAUUUGAGCCUGGACCUUCAAUGCAGUGUGACUGUGUACGUACAUCUGUAUAAUAUAUUUUGAGAUUCAGAUUUGUGUACAAUUUAUUCAAUAGUUGAUGGAUUUUAAAAAGUAGCGACAAAAAGUAUUUGCCGCUUCUGUACCUAUGUAUUAUUCAUGCAUGUUCAGUUAUUGCAAAGGGACCUUCCCAUUAAACUGAUCAGCUCAUUAGUUAGUGAUGAAUGCACUGUUGAUGCAACUAGACAUUAGAAGUGCACAGGUAUUUACAUAUAAAACCUAAAAUCUAUGCCAUGGCUGUGCUGAGAGGAUGUCAAACCACGAAUGUUUGGAUUACUGAACCAUGUUACAUAUUGUCCUCCUCUGUACAUAUCAAAUAUGAGUCAUAUUUAACUUCUGUUUAUUUACAGUCUGCCAAAUUCUGACAUCGAAUGAGUAUUAACGGCCUACCCAAUUUUGGAAAAUUAGUUGUCAGUUGGUAUUCUUAAAAAUUCAUUCAUUUUACAAUUAAUGGAGCCUUGUUGUUUAUUUCAGUAUAUUUGUAUUGCAUUCUGUUAGUGUUAACCUUGUACUAUUGAAUGUGGACAAGUCACAUAAAGUGUUCUCUAAUGUGCAGCCACGCUGGUUCUUACUGGAAACAAUACGUAGUGAUAUUGGACUAUUGUACUUAUGUAAGUGCUUCUUCCAUGGUCAAAAUGUGGUAUCCUGCUUUCACUAGCAACAAAACGAUUGAUCCACUGCAAGUUUUCUCAUAUGUCAAAAUGACGCAUGGUCCAGCAUACAAAACCGGAAAGUGUGAUCUUGAUCUUAAUUCAAGCAAUCUCAGAAAUAUUUCCAUGAUGCAGAAAUCUAUAUUAAAGAAUGGUAUUGUGCUACCAGAGGUGUAUUUUUCUAUGCAAAUAGGCCUAAAAGAGUGUGCACUUCUUGGACUUUAUGUUGUGUUUUGUGAAGCACUACUUUCUCCGCUACAUGUCAAGUGUUAAGUGACCAUUUUGUAUACUACUGUUGCUAUAGUUAGGCGAGGUGGUACAGUUAUAGCCUGUGUGUACAUUAAUAUGUACUGUCAGCGGUUCUUUACACUGUAUAGGCUAUAACUGUGCCACUAUCACCGCGCUUGCCCAUGGUGCAUCCAGAUCUGAGGGAUGUGGGUGUUGCAAUUUUAGGUGCACAACAUAAAUUGGUGUCUCAUGCAGUUGAAACUUUUAUCCCAGAUAUCUGACCAGGACCAGAUACCUCAAAUGUUCAUUACUGCGCUGGUUGCGGCAAAAAUGAUUUUUGUGCCUCGUUAGUGACUGUUUGACAGCUGAGUACAUUUGAUAACUCAAGGUUGGACAUCUAAUAUUGGUGGGCAGUCUUAAAGGUGAACUGACAGUUGUAACUAUUCUUGAGUUGAUAUGAUGGUCGGUGUUAAACACGUGGCCCAGAAUGACAACACUUGAUCGAACAUGCUGCGUAUGAUGUUACCAUUCCCAGGUGACAGAUGUUGCACCGGGCGUACUAUGAAUUACAAUUUCCUCAUUUUUCACAGUGUGACUUCGGGUUAUAAUGGUUAUUACUAUUAUAUCAACCUAACAGUGGUUUAUGGCUAAAGGCUUGUAUCUUCUGUGAAUUAACCCAUUUUUUUCCCUGAGAAUGGAUUUGUAAGUAACAUGAAAUGAAUUCUCGAAUCCUUUUACAAUUGCGAAUGGUCACUUGUGUCACAAUGUUUUUUCCUGGUUAUCACAAUUCUCUCUCUUGCUUCAUGUCAGAAUUUAAUUUUGUCUUUGUCUUAGUUUUACAAAUUUUGUUAGAGAUGUUUUGGUAUUAUUUGUGAGUGAUUUUUCUACAGUUCCUCUUUAAUUCUGUAACUCAGAAUAUUACUAUGCAGUCUUUUUCAUGACUGUGCUAGAAGUUUUUUCAGCCAAUGUGCUCAGAUAUAAAGUAACUGUUUUGGUGCCAUUAACCCUCUUGCCACUGAACGUUCGGUAGUGAGAGGGUUUAGCCUUUUGAGGUGUGCCUGUUACAGGUAAAAUAGCCCCCCCCCCCCCUAAACAGGCUCAAUUGCAUCAAUGCAGUAUCAUCAAAUUUCACAUCAUUAUCGCUAUUUAAUUUUGCAGAUGAAAUAAAAAAUCAAAUGGCUUAUAAAUAAUUCUGAGUUGCAGUAUUGUGUGUGAUGUUUGUUGAGCUGUGGAUGAGGUAGAUGGUUUUUCACUACCGUGAUUGUCAGAAAAAAUAUGUAUAUAUUUUACCCUCAUAAAGUGGCAGACCUUGGAGAAUCAGUUUCCCAAUUGGCUGAAAAUCAGGCAAGGUUCCCAAGUAAACCGACUGUUGUCGUAUUGUCCUGAUAACUAGAUGGGCCAAGCUAUUCAAGUCCAUACCUUUUUGGGCAGUUUUAAUUGUGAUGCACACAAUCUCCCAGGCACAUGAGGUCCUUCCGAGGGCAGAUCACAGUGACACAGGGCCGAACUGCUUGGCAAUUUGGGCAACUCAUUCUCCAGAGUGGUGUGUCUCAGUGUAUAUUCAAAUAGAGAGCAAAAUAUUCACCUUGCACUGUGUACAUUGUAAAUAUGGUGUGAUAAAGGGGGGGGGCUACAGGGUUGGGUCAAAUGGUGGUCUCCUGGUGACUGAUUUGUACACUUCGGGAAAUUAGUUGGCUUGACUUGGGGAUAACCUCUCUUUAAUGGUUUCAUUGACAUGGAGUGGUUGGGCAACCUAUCUUCAGAACGUUGAUCCACUGACUCUCCCCUUAGUAGGAGUAACACCAGAUUGAUGCGACACUCAUGAUUGAUCGAAGGCUCAGCAUGUCAUGAUGUAGGCAGUUAGUGUGUGGGUUGAUGCACUAUUCCAACCUAUUUUUGAAACUUGUGGGACAGAAUGACGUCUUGUAUUAAAUAUUGCUAUCGAGAUUUUCUAUAGAAAAGGAAAGCUGAAUCUGAACGUUAUAAAUAUUUGAAAAAAUAAAUGACAUAAUAUAAUGCAAAUACAAA